GGGAAAAAUGGCGGUUAUCGAUCGCCAUUUUCCCUAGAACGUGUCAAACACUUAUCGUGACGAAGUUUAGACGAGAAAAACCAUUCGCACGUGCGUUUCCAUCAGUUUUUAUUUGGAAAAACCAAAGGAUUCAAGGAUUCAAUCAUCAUGGCACUGAGCCCAGCUACUAAGCAGAAAAUUGCAGUCGUCCUGGAGGUGACGAAAACUGUUUUCCACUGGGGAUUCAUGCCCACCGUUCUCUAUUUAGGGUUCAAAAAAGGAGCUGAUCCUGGACUACCACCAUUGACACUCAUGAAUUUAUUAUGGAUGUGAAGCACUUCUCGAAAGUGGAACUUUCGUCAUCAUCACUCCAGAUUUUUUUAACCCUCAUUUCUAGAGUAAUUAGCUUCUGUUAAACUGUAAAGAAUAAAUUUCAUGUAAAUAAUGCCUGGAGCUGAAGAUUUACUGAUUUAAAACUGAAAAACACAAUUAUUGAUUAACAAAAUUCUGUAUUUAUUUGCAUAUUCGGGGUAAAAAGACAAUUUAUCAAUUAAUUAGGCUAUUAACCUAAACAUUUGUUCGAUCUGUCUCCACUUUACUCAUCGGGUAAGCUCACGAUUUUACGAGUUGUAAUCGCAUUAAUAAUGUCUUGUUCUCAAACUCUCAUCAAUAAAUUUAAAUUAAUCUCUA